AUGCCAAGGCCAGACCAGGCCCCAUAUUCAGACCAGGCUCCAUAUUCAGACCAGGCUCCAUAUUCAGACCAGGCCCCAUAUUCAGACCAGGCCCCAUAUUCAGACCAGGCCCCAUAUUCAGACCAGGCCCCAUAUUCAGACCAGGCCCCAUAUUCAGACCAGGUCCCAUAUUCAGACCAGGUCCCAUAUUCAGACCAGGUCCCAUAUUCAGACCAGGUCCCAUAUUCAGACCAGGCCCCAUGCCAAGGCCAGACCAGGCCCCAUAUUCAGACCAGGCCCCAUAUUCAGACCAGGCUCCAUAUUCAGACCAGGCCCCAUAUUCAGACCAGGCCCCAUAUUCAGACCAGGCCCCAUAUUCAGACCAGGCUCCAUAUUCAGACCAGGCCCCAUAUUCAGACCAGGCCCCAUAUUCAGACCAGGCCCCAUAUUCAGACCAGGCCCCAUAUUCAGACCAGGCCCCAUAUUCAGACCAGGCCCCAUAUUCAGACCAGGCUCCAUAUUCAGACCAGGUCCCAUAUUCAGACCAGGCCCCAUAUUCAGACCAGGCCCCAUAUUCAGACCAGGCCCCAUAUUCAGACCAGGCCCCAUAUUCAGACCAGGCCCCAUAUUCAGACCAGGCCCCAUAUUCAGACCAGGCCCCAUAUUCAGACCAGGCCCCAUGCCAAGGCCAGACCAGGCCCCAUAUUCAGACCAGGUCCCAUAUUCAGACCAGGCUCCAUAUUCAGACCAGGUCCCAUAUUCAGACCAGGCCCCAUAUUCAGACCAGACCCCAUAUUCAGACCAGGCUCCAUAUUCAGACCAGGUCCCAUAUUCAGACCAGGCUCCAUAUUCAGACCAGGCUCCAUAUUCAGACCAGGCUCCAUAUUCAGACCAGGUCCCAUAUUCAGACCAGGCUCCAUAUUCAGACCAGGCUCCAUAUUCAGACCAGGCUCCAUAUUCAGACCAGGCUCCAUAUUCAGACCAGGCCCCAUAUUCAGACCAGGCCCCAUAUUCAGACCAGGCUCCAUAUUCAGACCAGGCCCCAUAUUCAGACCAGGUCCCAUAUUCAGACCAGGCCCCAUAUUCAGACCAGGCCCCAUAUUCAGACCAGGCUCCAUAUUCAGACCAGGCUCCAUAUUCAGACCAGGCCCCAUAUUCAGACCAGGUCCCAUAUUCAGACCAGGUCCCAUAUUCAGACCAGGCUCCAUAUUCAGACCAGGCCCCAUAUUCAGACCAGGCUCCAUAUUCAGACCAGGCUCCAUAUUCAGACCAGGCUCCAUAUUCAGACCAGGCCCCAUAUUCAGACCAGGUCCCAUAUUCAGACCAGGCUCCUCCAUAUUCAGACCAGGCUCCAUAUUCAGACCAGGCUCCAUAUUCAGACCAGGCUCCAUAUUCAGACCAGGUCCCAUAUUCAGACCAGGCCCCAUAUUCAGACCAGGCUCCAUAUUCAGACCAGGCCCAUAUUCAGACCAGACCCCAUAUAUAUGAAUAUGAUUACAUGGAUGGGGGGGCUGAUCCUGGAUCAGUUUUAGCCUUUUAGACCUAAUGAAUAUGAUUACAUGGGCGGGGGAGGCCUGGUCCUGGAUCAGUUUUAGCCUUUUAGACCUAAUGAAUAUGAUUACAUGGACGGGGAGGCCUGGUCCUGGAUCAGUUUUAGCCUUUUAGACCUAAUGAAUAAUGAUUACAUGGACGGGGGAGGCCUGGUCCUGGAUCAGUUUUAGCCUUUUAGACCUAAUGAAUAAUGAUUACAUGGACGGGGGAGGCCUGGUCCUGGAUCAGUUUUAGCCUUGUGUUUGUUUAUCUGAAUGCCGUCAUUGUAAAUAAGAAUUUGUUCUUAACUGACUUGCCUAGUUUUAAAUAAAAUAAAAAACAGACAGAA